AAAUAAACGUCGCUGACCGUAUGCUAGUAGCCAGAUUUGGGCUCUCAGUUCGGGGUGUAAGCGAAAUCAGACGUACAUCGUUUUUUUUUUUACAUCUAAAGAGAAAACAAGAGUGGAUACUAACAAUAAAUCGCUUCACACGGAGGGUGACGACUAAUCGGAAUAUCUGGAGAGGUACUUUACUGUGACCUUUAUGUGAGGUCUAAGCCCUAAAGGAACGGGUCAUAGACGGGAGGAGCGACUCGGAGAGAAGACUGGCCAUUGAAGCCUGGAUCUGUUUUUAUUUUUUGAGUCAGUCCCUGAAACGCACGACUAAAGCCGAACAGGUUUUCAGCAAGCUACGAGAAGCAUGGAGGCCAUUGCCAAAUACGAUUUCAAAGCCACUGCUGAUGAUGAGCUUAGUUUCAAACGUGGGGAAAUCCUUAAGGUAUUAAACGAGGAGUGUGAUCAGAACUGGUACAAAGCAGAGCUAAACGGAAAAGAUGGCUUCAUCCCGAAGAACUAUAUAGAGAUGAAGGCCCAUCCGUGGUUCUUUGGGAAAAUUCCACGGGCCAAAGCAGAGGAGAUGCUGAACAAACAGAGACACGAUGGGGCCUUCCUCAUCCGAGAGAGUGAGAGCGCACCAGGAGACUUCUCCCUCUCUGUGAAGUUUGGAAAUGACGUUCAGCAUUUCAAGGUCCUUCGUGAUGGGGCUGGAAAGUAUUUCUUGUGGGUGGUAAAGUUUAACUCUCUGAACGAGCUGGUGGACUACCACCGCACCACCUCUGUAUCCCGCAAUCAGCAAAUUUUCCUCCGGGACAUCGAGCAGGUCACCCAGCAUCCCACAUAUGUGCAGGCACUCUUUGACUUUGACCCCCAGGAGGAAGGGGAGCUGGGUUUCCGGCGCGGUGACUUCAUCCAAGUCCUGGACAACUCUGACCCCAACUGGUGGAAAGGAGGCUGCCAUGGCCAAACGGGCAUGUUCCCCCGCAACUAUGUCACACCUGUCAACCGGAACAUCUAAACAGUCAGACCAUGUAAACAGCCACCACGACAACAACCAUCACCACCACCACCAUCGUCAUCAUCAUCGCCCCCUGAUCUCAUCAGCCCCUAUCUGAUCCCCAACCACCCACUCACCCUUGUCCCGCCAUCCCACGAUAACAGGAGCAGACAGGAAGAACGCAAACAGCUAAAAGAGAGAGGAAAAAGGAGCAGAGCUGUCGGAGGCGUCACAGUGUGGGUGGCAAAUAAAAAAAUCUACUUUUACUUGUACUGAGAAUGUUCACCUCCCUAGUGAACACCUCGGUCAGUAUUGAACUGUCAUUGAGGGAAAUCUAAAUGCAGAGAAACUAAGCGUAGUGCACCAAGCGUGAAGAUAACCGAACGAGUCUCCCGCUAGAACUCCCACAGCUGCUUCUGUCCUCUUCUUUACUUCUUAACAUUCUUGCCUUUUCUUUUGUGUUUCCUUUUCCUUUGCCGCAUGUUGUUUUAAUCACCUAAAUGAAAUACCUACCUAUAAAACCUAACUCUGUUUUAAAGAAAAAAAAAUAGGAGUAAAAAUAUAAAAAGAAGAAAUUGUUAAAAAAAAAAAAAAAAAAAAAAGAGUGAGAGAGAAGGAAAAAAAAAA